AACAGCGUUGCAGGAUGCUGAGAGAAGGAUUUGUCACGUUGAAUGGGGCGCUGUGUACGCGCUGCACCAAAAAAACAGAACCAGGAGGCCAAGAAAAAAAGUGAAAUCUGGAAUUAAUUUCCGACGAAGUAUGAAGAACUUUACGGCAACAAUGUGCACAGCAAAUGACGUGGAUUGAGGCGAGCGGAUCUUGGGAGUAGACACAAUGAAACUUCACUAUAAAUUGGCUGUAAUCGCUGCUUCUCUGGCUGCUGGUCGCCUGCUAUUCUAUCUGCUGCUGGGCAACUCGGCGACUGAGCCACCGCCUCGGAGAGAUCAAGGGCCAGCGUUAAAGGUCGUCCAACACGUUCGGGGUCGCCUGGUGACUACUCAGCCGACCGCUUUUCGUUUGUUGCAUCGGCCCGUUUUAAACCAGCAGCCUCGCCCCUCAACCAAAAGGCGGAAAAAGCCAGCCAGCGACAGAAAUCGUAAUGAACCAGUGUUUCGCCUCCAUACAUGGCGCAGAGAAGAAUGGAUGCAUUUAGCGGUGGUAGCUUGUGGGGACCGGCUUGAAGAAACAAUGACCAUGUUAAAAUCAGUUCUUCUCUUCAGCUUAAAUAAGAUAAAAUUCCAUAUUUUUGCUGAAGAUACUCUGCAACCACAAUUUGAAACUAGUAUUAAAGCGUGGCCAUUUUCCUUCAGAUCGCAAGUUGACUAUAACAUCUACCCAAUCACCUUCUUAGCAGGAAAACCCCAGGAAUGGAAAAAUCUAUUUAAACCAUGUGCUGCUCAACGCCUCUUUCUUCCAAUGAUUCUCAGAGAUGUCGAUUCGCUGCUAUAUGUUGAUACUGAUGUUCUUUUCCUGAGACCAAUCGAUGAUGUCUGGCAUUUCCUGAAUUUGUUCAACUCCACACAACUUGCAGCCAUGGCCCCAGAACAUGAAAUACCAAGAAUUGGAUGGUACAGUCGGUUUGCACGACAUCCUUAUUAUGGAGCAGCUGGAGUCAAUUCAGGAGUCAUGCUCAUGAAUCUGACUCGAAUAAGAAAUCAACUAUUCAAGAACAGUAUGAUUCCAACUGGACUAAGAUGGGAAGAACUGCUGUAUCCUUUAUAUCAUAAAUACAAAAAUGAUAUCACAUGGGGAGACCAGGAUUUAUUAAAUAUAAUCUUUCACUACAAUCCAGAAUAUCUAUAUGUGUUCCCUUGUCAGUGGAAUUAUAGACCAGAUCAUUGUAUGUAUGGCAGCAACUGUCGGGGAGCAGAGGACCAGGGAGUUUCCAUUCUCCAUGGGAACCGUGGAGUUUACCACGACGAUAAACAGCCUGCCUUCAAAGUAAUGUAUGAGGCUAUACGUGAUUUUCCCUUUGAAGAUAAUUUGUUUCAGUCGUUGUAUUUCCCACUCCAAAACAACUUCUUGAAAACUGUACACACUUUAUGUGGGAGGCUUCCACAAGUGUUCCUGAAGCAGAUUGAACAAGCCAUGAGGAAAGUGUAUGAGCUACGUGUCAUCCAUGUCGGAUAACAACAGAAAGUGGAAGAUAAUUUUUUGUGUGCUGCACUGUAAUUCAAAGAGAACACUCAGAUUUAAUUUUUCUAGUUUUAUUUUGCAUACGUUUUUUGUUUCUGUUCUAUUAUUGUGCAAGUUUUAUACUGCAAAAGCCUCAUAGUUAUAAUUUUUUGAAUUUUGAUGCACUUCUUCAUCUUGCAGAAGAGCUUUCCUCUCAUUAGUCUUAAGAUGUCAUUUGGCUCGUCUUAGACCCUUGAAUGAACUGUACAAUUGGCUAAUUGUGAAGUCAGGCAGAUUAUAAUGAAUCUAGCCAAGUGCAUUGUUAAGAGCAGGCUGCCACUUGCAGUGAUGACCUGAACUGGUGAACCUCUCUGUUGAUGAUAGUAUCAACAUGAUAUUAAGCCACUGUUGCAAAUUGCCUUUAUCCUCAGGAGGAUCCUGAGGUUAAAAAAGUAGAGUGAGUGGUGCAAACUGUGGGGAAAUAAUUGGUUUGUGGUAUUUUUCUCCUUUUCAUAUGAAUCAACGAUGAAUAUAUAAAAUCUGUUCUCGUACUCAGUGUGCUGAAAUUUAAUUUUCUUUUAAGUAAUACCAGUGCACUUGGCAUUGCAAAAACAUUCCUUGAGUCAGACGCUGUGAAGUACUUAACUGCACGACUGAAUAUUCUUUAACCUGUCCUUGACCAUGAUAUGGGUAAAGGUGCAACCUGAAAUAAAACUAAGUGAUUACAGACCAGAAGGUUGCGGGUUCAAUUCCUGGUCUGUGCUGGUUUAAUUGAUGUCAGCUGAAGUACCAUUUUGGGGCUCAGUAUCCUUGUAUCAUUUUUGAGAAGGAAGCAAACAGGGGUCUCAUGAGUCAGACUGGAACUCGAUGGUCGGAGUAUAGGUUUGGAGCUGGACUGACGAUAGCCUUUAGGUAGGAACAGCCUACUGUCAUUUACGGAGAAAUGGUCACAUCGGAGAGAUACCAUGAAUCAUACUUCAGCACUUUGAAAAGAGGUAGAAAAUUGCAAAGGUUGGGAAAGGGGAGGAUUUUGUAGAACCAAAAUAUCGAGAUGAAACUGGAAAUUUACAGAAAUAGAUUUUCUUCUGUUCUCCAGAACUGACCACUAUCUAUAAUCUGAUGUGGAGUUAUAAUUUAGCAGUGAUUUUGCUGUUGUGAUACUACGUUUGAUCAUCCAUCAGCAGUUUAUGUUCUCUGAGCAUACUAAAUGGGGACAGCAGGAUCAUCUAUAUCUUAAACUUAAUUCUCAUAGAAAUACAGUUCAAAAAGAACGAAUCCUCCAGCCAUCAACUAAAGAUUUGCAUUUGAAGUCCAAGUUUUCUUUUGUAAUGUGACAUAUAUAAUCUCUAAUAUUUGUCAAUGUCUGUUUUUAAUAUAAAGUGACAUUUCAGUAAUAAAAUAUUACGGUUA